UACGCGAUGGCCGCUCGCUCAACAAUAUAUGGAAUUUCAAAUACAAAACAAUGGCUUUGGCGCUCGUAGAUGGUCGUUGGCCCCUAAGCUAAUUACCGCAAUGAUAGCGGAAUUGUUUUAGCUUGUUUGAUGUGCUUAAUCGCGGGGUCGGAGGUGUCUUAUAUCUGCUUGUGACCCAGUGUUUUUCUUGUUGCUCUCGCGGGCCUAUCUUCAGCUGCCUACACUAUAGCGGUGGCGGAUUGCUACUUUCGGAUGAGCGGGUCUCCAAGAGUUAUAGAAUGGAUCCAGACAGUGGGGCCGAAACACAAAAAGCAGUCAGUUUGCAGUGGAUAAGCUACAAACUCGUCCAGGACCCAGCCAUUAGGCGGGUUACACAGAAAGUCUACAGAUAUGAUGGCGUGCAUUUCAGUGUUCCAGACUCUGGAUUCCCGCCUGUGGGAGAGCUCCGGGACCCUAGACCCCGGAGGUUAUGGUCUAGAUAUUCGGAGCUGUCCUUACCAGUGCCAAAGUUCAAGCUCGAUGAGUUCUACGUUGGGCCCAUACCUCUUAAAGAGGUGACUUUUGCAAGGCUCAAUGACAACAUUAAGGAGCCCUUCUUAGCAGAAAUGUGUUCCAAGUUUGGCGAAGUGGAGGAGAUGGAAAUCUUAUUUCAUCCAAAGACCAGGAAGCACUUGGGUCUGGCCAGGGUGUUGUUCACCAGCACGAGAGGAGCUAAGGACACAGUCAAGCAUUUGCACAACACCUCUGUCAUGGGUAACAUCAUUCAUGCUCAGCUAGAUAUAAAAGGUCAACAGAGGCAGAAGUACUAUGACCUGAUUGUAAAUGGGUCCUACACUCCUCAGACGGUGCCACUUGGGGGGAAGGCUUUGACAGACAGUGUUCAGUCACAGACCCCAGCUCAGCCACAGCCUGAUACGUCGGAAAUCCGGCGUAGGUUUUCCAGCGAGCUUGCUGUUUUGGCAGCAGGAGUUCAAGCCCUAACCUCGGGAAAUGUGACCCCAUGUUCGGUUGAUACCGGCUUUGGCGAUCAGCGAAACGACACGCCACCUUCUUCUUUAUCUGGUCCUUACACCCCAGGCUCCUCUGCUUCAUCUCAGGGAGGAGGAGGAACACCUUACAGCUCAAGAUCUGGGACUCCUUUUUCACAAGACUCGGGCUUCUCUGGCAGCAGACAUCCAAACUUCAAUGCAGGCUCUUUGAGCAGUGGCUACCCGCCUCAGGACAUGUUGCCAUCUUCAUCUUCAUCUUCUGCUGUCUCGUCGUCUGUUGGAGGUUUCAAAGUGUCUCGUUACCCGGAUGAGCAGGAUCCUUCACUUUACCACCGAGGUCGUCCUUCAUUCCCCCCAACUGCAUCAUACCGUCCCAAUGAGCCACCAGGCUAUCCCCCUUAUCCCAGUCUUGGAGGACCUGGCUCACACAUGGCACAUCACUCCUCAAUGCCUCCUCCACCUAUGUCCAACCAGUAUGAUCAGCCUCCUUUGUCAGAGCGGGAGAGGGAUCGUGACCGGGAGCCAGGGGGGAGGUAUGGGGCUGGAGGGGUUGCUUCCAGAAGGUCCUCUUAUCAUCACCAGCAAGAUUCAAACUCUUCCUCAAAAUACCAUUCCCAUCACUCCCAUCAUCAUUCAGAUCGCAGGGAAGACCGGGGUUACAGACGAGACAGCCUGGGCUCCCGGUCAGGUGACCACGGUCACCAGAGACACCGCAACCAUCACCAUUCUCACAACCACCACGGCAGUCGCAGAAGAAGCAGCCAUGACCGGGAUCGAGAACGAGACAGAGACAGUGACUACUCCAAUAGCUCUGACCCCAGAUAUAAUUCCAACUCUCACCGGUCUUCCUCUAACAGCAUGUCUCCUCCCCCAUCAUCUUACUCUGCUUACGCCACCUCCAAAGAUCCCACCCCGACCCCUCCUCAGGGACUGGAUGCUUCUUCUCGUUCAGCGGGUUCUAGUCUGGCUGAGAGAGGAUCUCUGCCCUCAGUUGGUGCUGAUAAAGACUACCAUGCUGAUCAUCACAGUGCUUUGCCACCGCCGCCACCUCCUCCUCCACCACCACUCCCACCAGCCUCUGUUAUUGCAGCUGCUGUUGCGGAGACACUGGAUUUUAACCAGGAUAGUCCUGCUCGCGAAGACCAAUGGACAAAACCCAAACGCCGUCCAACCACACCACCUGUCCCGCCCAAGACUCCCCCACCUUCUUCUCCAUCCCAACCUACCAUUGUAUCUUCCUCUAACUCUCCUUCCUCUGCCUCCCUUCCUCCCCAUCUUUCCUCCUCCUCCAGCUCUCCACCACCUCCUCAUCGGGAUUCCUCCCCUGAGCCGGAUUGUACAAAUGAAAGUUUACCGUUUGUCUACCACAGCAGCAGUCUCGACUCUCGUAUUGAGAUGCUCCUCAAAGAACAAAAGGCUAAGUUUUCCUUCCUUGCUUCUGAUGAGGAAGAUGAGGAAGACAGGAAGGAGGAGAAGCAGAGGGGCAGGGAGCGUAGAAUAGAUGCUUCAAGGGAUCAGGGACACAGGAGAGACAAUGGGGAGAAGGACCAUAGAAAGAAGGGGGAAAGAGACAGAGAAGGUCACAGAAGUAGAAAACGGGGUAAAGGAACAGAAGGAAGGAAGAGUCCAUCUGUACUCACAGCAGGCAUAAAACCCUCCUCCACUCAUUCUCCCCUCGUCUUACCUCCAGAGGAACCCCCGCCCCAGGUUAACAUCUCUGGGACUGAAGUUUUACAGGAGUCCUCUCUCCCUGGUUCUGCUGAAACGGGGAUCCGGACAGGAGCCCACACACCACCUUUUAAUGGGCAGAGUCAGGCAUCCCCUCGUUCUUCUGGUGAAGACAUGGAGAUCUCAGAUGAUGAUGAGGAAACGACUACUAUCACAACCGUGACAACUCACCAGCCGUCAGUCACCUCAGGAUCAACACCAUCAUCCUCACAAGCGGGACUUUCCCAGACAGUAGAUCCCUCAUCUUCUCCGCCACCCAUUUCUGAUUCCUCACAGCACUUUGGCUCCUCCAUCCAUCCCGCAAUCCCUUCCUACCCUCCUCAUUUACCCCCUCCUCCUCCCCCUGGUUACUCCCUUCAACCCCCACCUCCACCAGGGAUUCCACCUCUUCCUCACUUGGAGCUACACCCUGAGUAUCCUCCGAUGCCCCACCACAUGUAUGAUUAUGCCACCUCCAUGGAGCUGAUGAACCAAUACAGUGGUGGAACCCCCAUGUCCUUCCAAAUGCAAACCCACAUGUUAAGUCGCCUGCAUCAAAUGCGCAUGUCUUCAUCCAAUGGCACUCCAGGUCCAGGCGAAGCUGCUACUGGAGAUUACGCAUCUUACCAUCUUCACUCUAUGCCACCUCCUCACACACACCAUCCCUACAUGGACCAAGAGGGCAGUGGUGCAGGUGCUCAUUAUGACCAAGACCAUAGGUACAUGCCUCCCCAUAUGUCCUAUCCCUACCAUGAACCCCACAACACUCAAAUACCAGGCCCCCCACCCCACAGUAUACCCCCUCCCCAUUCUGGCUGGCCACCGCAUGUCUUACCUCCGCAUUUCCAAUCUUACAUGCCACCACCUGGCUAUGGCACCAUAUUAAGUGAGGAGGGAGUAGAGUACAGUGCUUCUGGGGAGGGAAUGCCAAUGUUGGCAGAGAAUCCACACGAGGCAACGGUUCAGAUGGUCCUCGCCUCUUUGAUCCAGGAAAUGAAGAACAUUGUGCAGAGGGACCUGAACCGCAAAAUGGUGGAGAAUGUUGCCUUUGCCACUUUUGAUGAGUGGUGGGAUAGAAAAGAGACCAAGGCCAAGCCUUUCCAGACAAUGGUAAGGGGAGUUUCUGCUUUACGGGAUGAAGAAAAAAAGGAGGAAAAGGUCAACCGGCCUCGGGAGCCUCUUAUGUCUUUGGUGGAUUGGGCAAAAAGCGGGGGCCUGGAGGGAUUUUCUCUGCGUGGUGCAUUACGAUUACCUUCCUUCAAGGUGAAAAGGAAAGAACCUCAGGAGUUUGAAGAGGGGGACUUGAAGAGGCCACGACCUUCAACUCCACCUGAUGAUGAUGCUGCAGAUGGUAGAAUGCCAGAAGCAGACAGGCAUGCAGCUGACAGGGACAACAAGAGGAGCAAAAAGAAGCCAAGAAGUCGUAAACCCUGGGAGCUUGACAGCGAGGGAGAGGAAACAUCUGAUGGCUCAUCGAGUGAGAAGGAGGAUGAAGAAGUGGAAAGUGAAAAGGAAUCUGAUGAUGAUGGGCUUAGUAGUGACAGUGAUGAUGAGAGCCUCUCUUCAUCCUCUGAAGGCUCUUCCUCAGCAUCAUCCUCUUCAUCUUCUGAAGACGAUGACAUAGAGGAAGGAGAACUAGCAGAGAGUGCAGCGACAGACUCUAUGGAUGAGUCAACAAUGGACAGCACAGCUGAGAAAGAGAAUGACAGGGAAAAUAUUGCUGCUGUUGCUCCAAAGUUGGACAUCAAAAAAGGUGUUACGAAGGAAAGCAAAGCAGAAAUAACAGCACCGCCUUCAUCGCCACCAUGCCCACGGCCCUCAUCACCAAAUGCUUUUGUUCCUCCUCUCAAGAAACGAAGGAAGACUGUUUCGUUCUCGACCGAUGAGAGCGAAAGUAAAACUCAACUGCCAGCGGUCUCACAAUCUCUGUCACCAACGCAGCCAAUAAAUGAGGCUCUGCUUAUUUCUGACAAGUCUACAGACUCUCAGAUCCCUCUUACUCCUUCCCCUUCAAGUCGUUCUAGUCAUGGAAUCCAGCUUCUUCCCUUUGCUUCAAAACCAGGUGAAGGCAAUGCCCUCAUUGUCCCCCCACCCAAUAGAACUCAAGAUGCUGAGGAGUCCAAAAAGUCUCCCCUUGUUUCCUCCCAGACCACGCCUGUCAAAUCCCCUGGCAAGCGGGUUGCAGGCAAAGACUCUCCCAAAUCCCCCGUCCCUCCAGUUAUGGUAUGUCGCACUGUGCAGAACCUGCCAUUGGACCAUGCUUCAAUGUGUAGGAUGGCCUUUGAGGAGGCCCCUCCACCGCUGUCUGUCAGCAAACGGUCCAGAGGCCGAACUCGGACACCCAGCAUCUCUGCAUCCUCCUGUCAUUCUGUCAGAGAGGAUGAGGAGGAAGAGGAGGAAACUGAACAGAGGUUAAGGGUCAGAGAGCAGGCGGGAGCAACAAGCCUCCUUCAGCUGGCCUCUGCCUCGACGACUGACCUGUCUGUUCUGGCAGACGUAGCCUUAAAAAUGGAUCCUGAAGGUGGAGACUCAGAGGAGACUGAGACAUCUGAUGAAGCAGAGGAGCAGAAGAUGGAAGGGGACCUUUUCUCUCCAGAAUCUCUGGCUUUGAUUAUGAGCCCAGGAGGUGUUAUUGUAUUUUUGGAGCACAACUACUGCAAACCUCCGGUACUCGCAAUACCAUCCAGUACCAGAAAACCUUCCUCCAGACAAGAUUCGUCUGUCUUAGUGGCAGCAGACCUCAAUUCUAUUUCUGGUGUAUUGGAGGCACCAGAGGAGGUUAUUGGAGAUGCUGUACCGUCCAAGAUGGAUAAAGGAGAAUACUUCUCUCCAGUGGAAGGUCUUGGUGACUCUGAUGAUAAUAGACAGGUUGCAGCUGUAUCUCCAUCACCAAAGAAGAAGAAUUAUGUUGGUAAAGGUUUAGAGCCCGAACAGGACAAAAGUGAGAAGAGGAAACGAAAAGACAAAGAAAACCUUGAGCCUCAUCGCACAAAAAAGCAGGAACAGCAGCUCAGCAAGAAGCAGAGGAAGAGGAAACUAGAGGAGUCAGACUUUGAGGAGGAUGUUGAUGUUGAGGAGCUUGAGUCUGGAGAGUUAUCCAGCUCCGACACGGACAAUGAAGUGGUUGAAGAAGUACGGAAGAGCGAGCGUCUCUUUCUCCAGGAGGCCGGGAUGACAUCAUCACAGCGCUGGCCGAAACCCGCACCUGAGCCACUACCUAUAAAGUUUGAAAACCGCAGCAAGUUUGAGCAAAUGACCAUCCUGUAUGACAUUUGGAACUCUGGUCUGGAUGGUGAAGACUUGAGCUACCUAAAGAAGACGUAUGAGAAGUUAUUACAGAAUGACCACAGUUCUGAUUGGCUAAAUGACACCCACUGGGUCAAUCACACUGUAACCAAUUUGCCGAACCCCCGUCGUAAGAAGAAGGCUAGUGACAGCCAACUUAGGGAGCACGUGACUGGAUGUGCCAGGAGUGAGGGCUACUACGCUAUCAGCCGCAAGGAGAAGGAUGUCUACCUCGACCUGGACUUGCCUGAGCAGGUCAUAAGAGAAGUUGAAAAUGUGGACAGCUCGGGAGCUAAUCGAGUGCUAUCAGAAAGGCGCUCAGAGCAGCGCCGACUCCUCACCGUCAUUGGAACCACAGCUGUCAUGGACUCUGACCUACUUAAAUUAAAUCAGCUUAAGUUCCGAAAGAAGAAGCUCCGUUUCGGUCGUAGCCGGAUCCACGAAUGGGGCCUGUUUGCCAUGGAGCCCAUCGCCGCUGAUGAGAUGGUCAUAGAGUACGUCGGUCAAAACAUCAGACAGAUGGUGGCUGAUAACAGGGAGAAGCGGUACGCUCAGCAAGGCAUCGGGAGCAGCUACUUGUUUAGAGUGGACCACGACACAAUAAUAGAUGCCACAAAAUGUGGCAACCUGGCGCGAUUCAUCAAUCACUGCUGCACUCCAAACUGCUACGCCAAGGUUAUCACCAUAGAGUCCCAGAAGAAGAUUGUGAUCUACUCGAAGCAGCCUAUCGCUGUUAAUGAAGAAAUCACCUAUGACUAUAAAUUCCCCUUGGAGGAGAACAAGAUCCCUUGCCUGUGUGGAACAGAGAACUGUCGAGGGACGCUCAACUAGUGAAAGCACUUCCCUUUUGUUCUUGCCAACGGCUGGGCCGAGCUGGAUGCCAUCCUGCUCAUUGAAACAACUUGAAACAAAGCCCCCCCAUCUAAAGUCUCUCCUCUUUUCCUGGAUGGCCUCAGUAGUCCCCACAAUAAGUAGGAAACUGUGUCGCACACAUUUGCACUUUUCAUGCACACUUUUCAUUGACGUUAAUGCCCCUUUUAUUUGGGUUUGUAUUGGCGGCGGUCCUAAUCAGUGGAUUCUUUGUGGCAGUAUUGUCGUUCUCCCGUGAACAAGUCAUGAAAGGGUUUUUUUUGUUUCCGUGCCAGCGUUCGUUUAAUAGACAAUAACACACAGGUCAUUUAUUUUCCUUUGUCAGAUCACAUUUUUUUAAUAUAUCCAGAGAUUUUCUCCUCUCGUGUCAGAGCCCCUCUUUUUCCACGUCCCCACACAAACGCACAGGAAUACCAGAUGAAUUCAGGGUUUUUAAAAUAGCUUCUAAUGGGCGCACUUUUAGAAUGAAAAAAACUUCUUUAAAAAAAGUUUUCAGUUAUGCAAGAUUUCUGAGUGUGAUAGUUUUGAAUCUUUUCCAACCAUUUGAAUACUCCCGGAGUAAUUAAUAGCAUUGUUAUUUUGUUGUUUGCAUAGAGGAUUUUACAAUGACUUUCUCCUCAGUGGCUUUUUGAUUCAACCAGCUUUGUUGAACUACUGUCUCCGUGUCCCCCAUGUUCUGUGCAUUAACCCUCUGAUUUGCAGCAAUCUUUUGUCGCCUAAAAGUGUUAUUUUUCAGAGUAGCUGUUACUUGUAGGGUCAGCAAAACAAAAUUGUUUUCUUUGUCUUUUUUUGUGCUCAAUAUAGACACUGAUGUACUUGCUUUUAACUGCUUAAAUAGAUCAUUAUUUGUGGCAUUCUUGUGAUUUCUGCAUUUCUUCUAUUUGGAGGUUAUGUAGUUCUCCUAAGGUUUGUAAAGGGUUAUUUGCAUUGAGCGCCCAUUUAGGGAGUGUUAGCUGUUGGAAAGGUUAUUUAGACAUUCUCAGUCCCCUCUCAACCUAAUGCUAUGCUUGAAUCUGCUCCACAGGUUCUCUAAACCAGAUGGUCUGUUUUCUGUCCAGGAUUAGCAUAUUUUAACUGUUCCCACAUUUAGCUGAACUACAAAAGCAACUGCAGACAAAAAUAUUUGUAUUCAGGGUUCCUAUACAGUCUUGAAAAUCUAGAAUUUCCUUUCUAGGUCUGGUUGUGUCUGGUGAAAAAAGACCAGACCAUUCAUCAGAAAAAAUAUCAGAUUUUUCCUUACUUUUUCUCUUCUAAAGUUCUAAAGUUGAUUCAUUUUUAAAACAAAAUUAUUUUACCUAUCAAUAUUUAUGACUUGCUACAUAGAAGCACACAUAAGAAAAAGACAAUUUCAAUACAUUUUAGACUUUAGGCAACUUCCAACUUUGGCUGAAAAAGACAUUUAAUGUGAUUUACUUAACUUUCACCAAACUUUCAGUUCUUUAAUUUUAUUGAUAACUUGUAAGAGUUUAAACUUGUUGAAGGGUACUGUAUUUCAUAUGUGGCUAAAACAAGACCUACACUCUUGAAAUGAAGAAUGUAUAAUACCAGCCGUGAAUAGCUUGUAUUCAAAGCCCCAGAAUUUGAUCAAAACUGCAUAAGUUCACAAAUCUUAGCAUGGUAAAUAAUUUCUAAAUAGAAAUAGCAUUGGAACACUGUACUUAAACACAGCUGUCUCCUAGCCUUUAAAAGCAGUAAAAUAAGCAAACAAUGCAGGUUUAAAGCGAGGCAGUAUGUCUUUCUUGUUUCUUUACAAUAUAUUUUUUUAAACUCUUCACUUCUUGUGUCAGUAGUUGGCAAAAUAUUUUUAUUAGCAUUUUCUUUACUAGCUUAAAAAAGUUGUGAUGAUGCAUAAGUUUAGUUUCCUAAUAAGGUCCAAUAUCUUCAAAGAAAACUGGAACGUUUCCCCCCCACUCCUACAGAAUUCACUAGUAUUUAUUUAGCUGGUUGUGUAGCUGCAAGU